AUGGCGGCCAUUGUUGAUGUUGACACUAUUGACAAACCUGUGGUAUUGGAUCCAUCAUACUUUGUCAGUUUGCACGAAUUGAAGUCCAACAAGCCUACUAAACUUGGCUCAAUAGGUAAUUGGCUUCAGUGUAGACAGGUCAUAGAUGAUGCAGCAGAAGGUGACAAUGUAACUAUAUGUGGAAAGUGGCGCAGGAGAGCUUUUCCUCGAAAUUUUGUAAAUGUUAUGGAGAAUUUAACCAUGAAGCCUGAAUGCACAUUGGCUCCUCUUUUUGAAGUCCAAACUAAUGACUGGGAAUGCUUCUGCUGUGUCUUUUGGGAUCCAAUUCAUGCCGACUGCGCUGCACCUCAGGAGCUGGAAACUGAUGAAGUUAUGAAGCAGCUCAAGUAUAUUCAGAUGCUGAGACCCCGACUAGCUGCUAAACGGCGGAAAUUGAAGCUUGCCAACGAUGGUGAUCCAGUGGAUGAUUGA